CUUCUUAUUAGGAGCUUAGUUGGUUUCAUCCCCCCUCUCAAUUAUAAAAUAAAUAGAAGAGUAGGCAUAUUUUUUCAUUCCAUCAGCCAAAAAUGAUAUCACUCACUGAAAUAUGGUGUUUUACUUCCAUCCAUUUGUUCGUGUUCCUUCUACUUUUCAUGCCACCAAAUCUUGCUCUUGAAAUCAAAUGCAGGGAAAGUGAAAGACAAGCCCUGUUAUCCUUCAAGCAAAGCCUCGUAUAUAGAUAUGAUAUUCUCUCUUCUUGGACAACACAAGCCAAAGCCAAUGAUGAUUGUUGCAAUUGGAUUGGUGUUGGUUGUAGCAACAAUAUUACAGGUGGUGACUAUCAUAUCACAAGGCUUGAUCUUCAUAAUACAGGUUUGAUGGGUGAGAUUGGUUCUUCCUUGACUCAAUUGUCGCACCUUACCUACUUAGAUCUUAGUUCUAAUGAGUUUGAUCAAAUUUUUCUUGAGGAUGUUGCUUCUCUUAUCAAUUUGAAUUACCUCAACCUGUCCUAUAACAUGUUGAGGGGACCUAUUCCUCAAAGUUUGGGACAAUUAUCCAACUUAGAGUAUUUGAAUCUUCAGUUUAAUUUUUUGGAAGGUGAAGUUUCUGAAGUUCAUUUCUCAAAGCUUAAAAAUUUAAAAGCUUUGGAUCUAUCUGACAACUUGUUAAGAUUAAACUUCAACUCAACUUGGGUUCCUCCUUUUCAACUACAAUAAGUUUGAGAAAUUGCACAUUAGGCCCAUAUUUUCCCAGAUGGCUUCGAACACAAAAUUUCUCUGUCCUUGAUAUUGCAGGAAACAUGAUUUCAGACAAGAUUCCUAGAUGGUUCUGGAAUAACUUGUCUCCAAACUUAUUGUUUCUUGAUGUUUCGUACAAUUUUAUCAAAGGGAAAAUCCCAAAUUUAUCCUUGAAGUUCAAAACAAUGCCUGUGAUCAUUUUGGGAGUGAAUGAAUUUGAAGGUACAAUCCCACCCUUUCUUUUUGGAGCACAGAAUCUUGACCUGUCAGGAAAUAAAUUUUCUGACAUAUCAAGUUUGUGUGAAGUCAACUACUCAUCCCCUUUAUAUCUCUUGGAUAUUUGCGGCAAUCAAAUUUUUGGCCAUCUCCCUCGUUGUUGGAACCGUAUGUUGAAUUUAGCAUCAUUAAGUUUGGCCUAUAAUUAUUUUUCUGGAAAAAUUCCACAUUCUUUGAGUAAUCUCACAAGACUAAAAUCUCUUAAUUUGCGAAAGAAUCAUUUCUCUGGGGAGUUCCCUUCUUGGUUUAACUUCACAGAUUUAAUAGUCCUUGAUGUGGUUGAUAACAAUUUUUCUGGAAAUUUGCCAUCAUGGAUUGGAUUAAGGUUGCCAAAUUUAGUUCGUUUGCUUCUAAAGUCAAAUAAUUUUCAUGGGAACUUACCUUUAAGUCUUUGCAACCUUCGAAGGAUUGAAGUAUUGGACAUUUCACAAAAUUAUAAUAUUUCAGGAACCAUACCAACUUGCAUCUAUAAAUUUGAUGCCUUGACAAAAACGCUCAAUGCAUCAGAAGUUCCUGAUUACUUGAAAGAUUUGGUAAUGAUGUGGAAAGGCAAAGAAACGCUCAUUCAUGGUAGAAAUCUACAGCUACAAAGGAGUAUUGAUCUAUCUUGCAAUCGCCUGACCGGGGAAAUUCCUAACAAAAUUACAGAGCUUGUUGGUUUGGUUGUCUUGAAUCUCUCAAGGAAUGAAUUGACAGGGCAAAUUCCUUACAACAUUGGUCAACUUCAAUCGUUGGAUUUUUUGGAUCCAUCAAGAAAUAAUCUGUGUGGUACAAUUCCAUUUAGUUUUUCUCAAAUGCCUAGAUUGAGUGUGUUGGAUCUGUCUUGUAAUAAUCUAUCAGGAAAUAUUCCCAUUGGAACUCAACUUCAAAGCUUUCCAGUUUCUUCCUAUGAAGGCAAUCCUUAUCUUUGUGGCGAUCCGCUUAAAAAGAAGUGCAAGUUAAGCAACAACAAUAAUAGUAUUGCUGUUGAGAAUGGUACUGAAAAUGAAGGGGAAAAUCAAGACAGACUCAUUGUACAAGAUCUGCUUUUUGCCAUUUCUUCUGGAUUUAUAAUUGGCUUCUGGGGAAUUUUCGGUAGUCUUUUACUAUUCAAGAGAUGGAGACUUGCAUACUUUAAGUUCUUAAGAAAUAUAAUUGAGAAACCUUUAUGAAGCAAUUUGAAACCAGGCACACUAUAUGAAGAUUGUACGUGUUUCAAAUAUGGAGGUUAUUCAGGUUUUUGGGUGAAGAUAAUGGGUUUCAGGGACCCUUUUUAAUACAAUUGGUUUAAGGAAUACCAGCUGAGCUAUGGACUUUUUGGGGGGGUUUUUAUUUUGAAUAUGUCAUUACUUUUUGAAGUCCAUUCGUUUUGGUGUUCUGUUUUUUUCUCAUAAUGACAUUUUUAGAGUUUGUUAUGGCUAGCUGAAAUGCAAUCUUGUUAGUUAUUCAUCUUCAACAGUUUCGAUCUGUUAGUCUUGGUUCGAUUUGUAUCUCAUGGCUUCUUCAGAGUGCUAUCUAUAUCCAUGGUUUUGGUGCUUUUUAGUUUGUAGGUUUUCUGUAUUAUUUAGCUUGUAUUUAUCUUUAAACUGUAAGUCUCUUUUUUCUCCCUUUAUUUUCUAUGAAAAUCUUGUAUUUUGGACUA